UCCCUCCCAUCCAUUAAAUUGUGGCGAGGAAACAGCAGCUCACUCUUAACAGCCAGCGACCACUCGCCCGCUCGCUUGCCGCCGUCACUACCCUCCGCGAUGGCGCCGCCCCGCCGCUCCGGGGCCGAAGCGGCGGUGCUGCUGCUGCUGCUGCUGCUGACGACGUCGAGCGUCGGCGCGGCGCGCGCGUCGUCGCCGCGGGUCCCCGCGGUGAUCGUGUUCGGGGACUCGACGGUGGACACGGGCAACAACAACCAGAUCCCCACCCCGCUGCGCGCCGACUUCCCGCCCUACGGGCGCGACAUGCCCGGCGGCCCCCGCGCGACGGGGCGGUUCGGCAACGGGCGGCUGCCGCCGGACCUCAUCUCCGAGGCGCUGGGCCUGCCGCCGCUCGUGCCGGCCUACCUCGACCCGGCCUACGGCAUCGACGACUUCGCCCGCGGCGUGUGCUUCGCGUCCGCCGGCACCGGCAUCGACGACGCCACCGCCGGCGUCCUGUCAGUGAUCCCGCUGUGGAAGGAGGUGGAGUACUACGAGGAGUACCAGCAGCGCCUCCGCGCGCGGCUCGGCCCGCGCCGCGCCGCCGCCGUCGUCCGCGGCGCGCUCCACGUCGUCAGCAUCGGCACCAACGACUUCCUCGAGAACUACUUCCUGCUGGCCACGGGCCGGUUCGCGGAGUUCACGGUGCCCGAGUACGAGGACCUCCUCGUUGACGGCGCGCGCGCGUUCCUGGCACGGAUCCACCGCCUCGGCGCGCGGCGGGUCACCUUCGCGGGGCUCGCCGCCAUCGGCUGCCUGCCGCUCGAGCGCACCGCCAACGCGCUCCGCGGCGGCGAGUGCGUCGAGGAGUUCAACGAGGUGGCCAGGAGCUACAACGCCAAGGUGCGGGACAUGGUGCGCGGGCUCCGGGGCGAGCUCCCCGAGCUCAAGCUCGCCUACAUCUCCGUCUACGAGAGCUUCCUCAACCUCAUCGCCGACCCGGCCAAGGCUGGAGAACGUGGAGGAGGGGUGCUGCGCCACGGGCAAGUUCGAGAUGGGGCUCAUGUGCAACGACGACGCGCCGCUGACCUGCGACGACGCCGACAAGUUCCUCUUCUGGGACGCGUUCCACCCCACGGAGAAGGUGAACCGGCUCAUGGCCAACCACACGCUAGAAGUAUGCUACCAGGAGGGCGUCCUGUGACCAUGUCCGGACACGUGGCAAUGAACGGGCCCGUCGAUCGCGGAGGAAAUGAAAUUACGUGUAUCACGAAGGAUUUUUAAUCACAGUGAUAGAUGAAAGUAUAUAUUAAAGGAAAAAUAUCA